AUGGCGGGAGAGCGGCGCUUCCGCCUCAGCCCGGUCCCCCCGCGCGUCUUCUCGCGAGAUUUGCGGAGAUCUCGCUGCGACGACGACAGCGGAGAAACAUCCCCCCAUCCCCCCGCGCGGGAAAUCUCGCGAGAUUUGGGGAGGCGAGGAGUGUCCGCCAGGGGGCGCCAGGGAGGGGAGCGCGGGUCACGUGCCCGAGUCUGUGGCUGUUGCGGAGCGCUCCGGCCCCGCUACAAGCGCCUGGUGGACAACAUCUUCCCUGAGGACCCCGAGGUAACUCCAGGAUUCGGGAAUGGGACGGGAAAAUCCCAGAAAUCCCAGAAAUCUGGGAAUGUUCCAGACCGGAAAUCCCGGAAAUCUGGGAAUGGAGUCUGUGGCUGUUGCGGAGCGCUCCGGCCCCGCUACAAGCGCCUGGUGGACAACAUCUUCCCUGAGGACCCCGAGGACGGGCUGGUCAAGUCCAACAUGGAGAAGCUCACCUUCUACGCGCUGUCGGCGCCCGAGAAGCUCGACCGCAUCGGGGCCUACCUGUCGGAGCGCCUCACCCGCGACGUCAGCCGCCACCGAUACGGGUCAGACACGCCCUUCCCAAAAAAUUUAACAUUCCCUUUUGUGAAGUUUGCCAACAUCGAGGAGGACACGCCCUCGUACCAUCGCAGCUACGACUUCUUCGUGUCGCGCUUCAGCGAAAUGUGCCACUGCAACCACGGCGACGCCGACGUGCGCGCCAGCCUGGUGAUCCAGCAGCUCCUGAACCACCUGGACGCCAACAGCCGGAGCGCGGCGCCGAUCCGCGCCGGCAUCGUCGAGGUGCUCUCGGAAGCGGCCGCCAUCGCCGCCUCCGGAUCCGUGGGCCCCACGGUGCUGGAGGUGUUCAACACCCUCCUGCGGCAGCUGCGCCUCAGCAUCGACCUCGCCCUGGGCGCCCCCGAGGCCCCGAGCGCCCGCAAGGAGCAGGAGAGCAACUUCCAGGNGGAAAUUGUUUCCUCCUCAUUGCGGAGCAGCAGCCUCGGGACCGCCCUGCCCGGAGCUUUCCUCGAGCGCCUCCUUUCGGCCGCGCUCCUGCGCGAGCCCCAAAUCCCCAUUUUCGUCCUCGAAAUCCUCAGCACCUUCAUCGACCGCCACGGAAACAGACACAAACUCUGCCCCGAAAG